AUGUUUGACGCUAAGAUAGCUGUUGGUAUUGCUGCCGCUUGUUCUACUGUUGCCAUAUUGGCCACAAUUACUACAAUUCCAUCUCUUUACAAUGAAAUCAAUGAACUUCGUGAUUUUGUUUCUGAUGGAGUUCAAAUUUUCCGUGCCGAGACUGACUCUGCUUGGACUGAAUUAAUGGAUGUUCAAAUUACCGUUACCCCACCAUCAAAACCAAGAGAAAAUCCAUUUAACAGUAUCUUCCGUCAAAAACGUCAAAACUUCAAAGGACUUCCAGCUUGGUGUCAAUGCGAGCCAACCAAACCAACUUGCCCACCAGGACCUCCAGGACCACCAGGACCAGCCGGAGAAAAUGGUGCUCCAGGAUCUCCAGGACCAAAUGGUGAAGAUAAUACCUCAACAUAUGCUCCAGUCGUUUGCCCACCAGUUGCUAAAGAUUGUAUCAAAUGCCCACAAGGACCACCAGGACCAGCCGGACCAGAUGGACAACCAGGACCAGCUGGACCAAGUGGACAACCAGGAUCAGCAGGAUUACCAGGAAAAGAUGGACAACCAGGAGCUCCAGGACCACAAGGAGAUGCUGGUACACCAGGAACCCCAGGUUCUGAUGGACAACCAGGUGCUCCAGGAUCUAACGGAACAAGAGGAAGAGGAAAACCAGGACCAAAAGGACCAGCUGGAGCUCCAGGAGCCCCAGGUAACAAUGGUGCCCCAGGUGCUGCUGGUGGACCAGGACAAGCUGGACCAGCUGGACCACAAGGACCAGCCGGAAACCCAGGAACUCCAGGAAGUGACGGACAACCAGGUGCCCCAGGAGGUCCAGGAAUUCCAGGAUCUGAUGCUGCUUAUUGUCCAUGCCCACCAAGAAGCGCUGUCUUCUUAUCAAGACAUUAA